AUGACUGUCAAAUCUACCUAUCCCGCGAUUGACAUUCCAGAGGUAGAUCUCUGGACGUUCUUUUUUGAGCGCAAAGACCGAGCUUAUCCGGAUACCAAGGUACUGUGGCAAGACGACGACACCAGGAGAACAUACACAUAUGCGCAGACUAAAGAUGCGGCCAUUGCUUUCGGACGCGGCCUGCAGGCCCAUUUCGGCUGGAAAUCUGGGGACGUCAUGGCACUAUUCACUGCGAAUUGUAUUGACACCCCGGUUGUCACAUUCGGCACUCUAUGGGCUGCGGGAAUCGUGUCUCCCGCCAGUCCACGAUACACCGCAGAAGAACUUGCUCACCAGUUGAAGGACAGCAGUGCCACUGCGAUGGUUACGCAAUUUCCAAUGCUCGAAAUAGCUUUACAAGCAGCAAAGGUAGCCGGAAUUCCACGGGACCGCAUCAUCCUUAUCGGCGAUGUCCGCGAUCCGGAGGCUCGAAUCAGGCAUUUCACGGAUAUCUUUCGCGAGCUGAAUCCAGGAGUGCAGGAGAGACCUCUUAUAACACCAAAGAAAGACCCGGCGUAUCUCAUGUACUCUUCAGGUACGACGGGGAGCCCGAAGGGCGCAUUGCUCUCGCACUACAAUAUUGUGUCGAAUGUGCUUCAAGCCGAUGCAGUGGAGGGCCGCCAGCUUACGCAUAACGGUGGAGACGAUGGAAGAGGGGAUAGGGUCCUGAUCUUUCUGCCACUUUUCCAUAUCUACGGUAAGGAGGUUUAUUCCGGCACCUAUAGAAAAGCUGACACCGAAGUAAUAGGACUGGCAUGCGGUGUACAUGCUCCACUGUAUAGUGGGUUUGAGGCCAUACUUAUGGCUGCAUUCGACGUUCCCAAAUUCUGCGCUAACGUGCAAAACUUCCAAAUCACAUAUGCACAUAUUGUGCCGCCAGUCGCCCUGGCCUUGGGCAAGCUUGAUAUCGUGAGAAAAUACGAUCUAUCAAGUCUCCGGAUGCUAAACUCUAGUGCAGCACCUUUGCCUGCCGAAAUGAUUAAACGGACUUUCUCCCAGAUCAAAGUUGGUUUAAAGCAGAGUUAUGGCCUUAGCGAGGCUAGUCCGGCCGCAUAUAUACAAACAUGGGAAGACUGGGACAGGGCGGCCGGCUCUGUAGGGAAACUUCUACCUAAUAUGGAGGCGAAGUAUAUGACCAUCCCAGAAAACGACGUCAUAUCUGUCGAAGUCCCCCGGGGUGAAGCUGGAGAGAUAUAUCUUCGUGGACCUAAUAUCUUCAUGGGAUAUCGUGGGCAUCAGCAACCCGCAGUCUCGCCAGAUGGAUGGUUUAAGACCGGGGAUGUUGGCUUCCAGGACAUCGAUGGAAGCCUCUACAUCACGGAUCGGGUCAAGGAACUCAUAAAAUAUAAAGGUUUCCAGGUAGCACCGGCAGAGUUGGAACGCAUUCUCAUUCAGCAUGACGCGGUCGGUGAUGUCGCGGUCAUCGGCGUGAAUAGUUCGGCGGAGGGAACAGAGCUACCCCGGGCAUAUGCCGUCCGGUCACGGAAAACAGACCAGCAAGUAGAGGAGGAGAAGCUCAGCAUCAGGAGGUGGUUUGAUAGUAGGGUAGCACCGCACAAGCGGCUCCGUGGUGGCAUUCGCUUUGUGGAUGAAAUCCCCAAAAACCCAACCGGAAAGAUCCUUCGGCGACAGCUCAGAGAGCUAGCAGAGAAAGAGACUCAAAAACAUUCGAAGCUGUAG